UUAACUGUGCGUUAUCAACGCCGGAUAAAAUCAAAAGAAUUGAACGUGUGCUUUGGAAGGACGUCACAGCUUAUUUAUCUUUGGUUCAUUCGUACCGAGGCAACGGACAACCGAUAAAUUCAAACUCUUUAUUCCUAUAUGGAAUAUAGACUAAGGAAUAGCUCCUUGAUAAACCAUUUAAUCGUGUAGGAGAUGUAGGAGAAUCAAGGAGAGGGUAGCAUCAGAAAGGAGGAGAAGGUAGCAUCAAAAGAGGCCGCCAAGGCGCCCGCUGCAGGUAGAGACAAGAUGGCCAAGAAGAAGGUGAAGGUGUCAAAAAGCGAGACCUACAAGCAGUACAUUUACAAGGGGCUCAAGCAGGCGCAUACAGACACGGGCAAUAGCUUGAAGGCAAUGUCAAGGAAGGUCGCCACUGAGCCUUCUAAGCUCAGCCGCUACAAUAAGAAAGCCCACUGUCACGUCUCGCGAGGUCCAGAGGGCGGUGCGGCGGGUCCAGCUGUGCGAGCUGCCCAAACACGUGUGAGAGGGAAACCCAAAGCUGUAACCUCAGGUUCACCUAGGCGUGUGACUAAGUCCGCCAUGAUGCGGUCGAGUGCAAACCGGAGUAUUAGAUAUCCUAACUUGUAUUGCGCCGGUGUUUUUCAACACCACCGCAUCGACGUUCUAUACAAGUUCCGUGAUUUCCAAAACAUGCUGUAUUUGUAUCUUCUCGAUCUUCGAACUAGCUGGGACCUAAAGACUUGA